GUCGCCAAAGUUACCAAUACAUAGCAAAAAUGCCCCGCGGAAAAUUCGUCAAUCAUAAGGGACGCAAUAGGCACUUCACGAAUCCAGAGGAACUUGAAGAGCAACGUCGCCAGGAUGAGCAACGACGCCAGUGGAGAAAAAAUAAGGGUAAUGAUACCUCGAGUGAUGAGGAGGAUGAUCCAAAAGCAGCAGGUGGUGACAAAGCAAAGAAAGCAGAUGAAUCAGGAUCGGACAGUGAGAGUGAAUCAGAGUCAGAUUCAGAAACAGAGGGAAAGGCAAAAGGAGUAGAAAAUUUAAUUGAAGUGGAAAAUCCAAAUAGGGUACAAAAGAAAGUGAAAAAAUUGUCUCAAUUGAACGAAACACUAGCCAAAUCAACUAAGCCUGAACUAUCUCGAAGAGAAAGGGAACAACUAGAAAAACAACGAGCAUAUGCCAACUAUCAGAAACUGCAUGCUGCAGGUAAAACGGAUGAGGCUCGCGCGGACCUAGCAAGACUAGCGAUAAUAAAGCAACAAAGAGAGGAGGCAGCGAAACGACGGGAAGACGAGAAGAAACAGAAGGAGCUAGCGCUGCAGAAGAAGACAGAGCAAACGCAGAAAGCUUUGGGAAAACGAUCCUAGGACAACCAUUUUCCGGAUAUUCUCCCAUAAUAAAUAAUUUAUACAACUGCUGUUGCUACUGGGAAUCGUAACAACUCGACUCCACUACUUUAUUAUCAAUAAAUUUCCACUAAACUCACCUUAAAAAAACGUUUAUUAUGUACGUUUAACGAACAUGUGUUUAUUUAUAUAAAUACAGUUAUUAUA